AUGUCGAACGCACAGGAGGAAGAGCAACACCUGCGGGAAUGUGAAUCGUACAUCCAGACGCACCGGAUCCAGCGGUUGCUGAAGGACUGCAUUGCGCAGCUGUGCGUGUCCCGGCCCGACAAUCCGAUCGUGUUUCUGCGGCAGUACUUCCAGAAACUGGAAAGGGAACAGGCAAAGCUGGACGCCAGCAAGCAAGCGGCCACUCCGGACGAUCUCGAUGAUCUGAGCCCGAUGCCACAGACGGCGGUACCGCCGGUACGGCGCAGGGGCGGCAUCUCGGCCGAACCGGUCACCGAAGAGGACGCCACCAGCUACGUGAAGAAAGUCGUACCGAAGGAUUACAAAACGAUGGCCGCCCUGUCGAAAGCGAUUGCGAAGAAUGUGCUGUUUUCGCAUCUGGACGAAAACGAACGGUCGGACAUCUUCGACGCGAUGUUUCCCUGCAACUUUCUUCCCGGCGAACCGAUCAUUCAGCAAGGCGACGAGGGUGACAACUUUUACGUCAUCGACAUCGGCGAGGUUGAGGUCUUUGUAAAUAAUGAGCAGGUAACGACGAUCAGCGAAGGUGGCAGCUUCGGUGAGCUGGCCUUGAUCUAUGGUACGCCCCGUGCAGCCACCGUCCGUGCCAAAACCGAUGUGAAACUGUGGGGCAUCGAUCGGGACUCGUACCGCCGUAUUUUGAUGGGUUCGACGAUUCGGAAGCGCAAAAUGUACGAAGAGUUCUUGUCGCGCGUCUCAAUUCUAGAGAGUCUCGAUAAAUGGGAACGACUUACGGUGGCCGAUGCGCUUGAGCCGGUUAGUUUUGAGGAUGGAGAAACAAUCGUGAAACAAGGUGAACCGGGCAACGAUUUCUACAUUAUCGUGGAAGGAUGUGCAACAGUUAUGCAGAAGCGUGGAGAGAACGAAGAAGCUGCUGAAGUUGGUCGCCUUGGUCCAUCGGAUUACUUCGGAGAGAUUGCGCUGCUGCUCGAUCGACCCCGUGCUGCAACCGUCAUCGCCCGUGGUCCUCUCAAAUGUGUCAAGUUGGACCGGGCCCGGUUCGAACGUGUGCUCGGCCUGUGUGCCGAUAUUCUCAAGCGAAACAUUACCCAGUAUAACAGUUUCGUUUCACUGUCCGUUUAA